GGGAGUAGGCCUGGAAGUGGGUCGGACUUUCUUUCUGCAACUUCUUUGAGCAGCGACAACUCUCUUUUCUUCCCCCUCCUGUAGCACCGCCACCUCCAGUUCAGGUUCUCAGCAGUCUCUCUUCUUGUCGGAUGUACGGACGUUAGCUUGGACGCUAGCCUGGCGUUAGCAGCACUUCAGUCGGAUAUAUAUACCUCAAACGUUUUGCGUCGAGAUGGCCGAGCUUUGUAUUUUCAAGAUGGAAUCGGCACGCUUAGGGACAUCGUAAAGACGUAAAGAGAGACAGUAUUUCAUCCCAGUGGCAGAUUCCCGUGUCCCACGCGUGGCCUCGUUUCUCCAUGGACCUCAGGGUGGGAGAACGGGGGAUGCGCCCCGGCUCGGACACAGCGCUCCUAACCCCACUGCACCCCCCACUACUUCUCAGCCCCUUCUCCCCACAGGCCCGCACUUCCUUCUCCCAGCAGCAACUGCAGCAGCACAACCGGUUCAAUAUGGAACAGAGGAGACGCGAACAGGAAAGCCAAGAGAAGCAACAAGAACUGCAGCAGCUAAAAAACAAGGACAAGAGUCAACAAAGUGCAGUGGCCAGUUCACUGGUAAAACAGAAACUCCAGGAGGUCAUCUUGAAAAAGCAGAAGCAGGCAGCACUGGAAAGAACAGGAUCCAACACUUUGACUGUAACACCGGUGGCAUACAGAAAACUGGGCCCAGACCUGAGUGUUCCCACCCAAUCGCUAGUCUCCUCUCCGUCACAGCCUUCCACGGAAGGUUCAGAAGGGACGCCUCUACGCAGAGCAGCAUCCGAGCCCAAUCUGAAAGUGAAGCACAAGCUGAAGAAACAUCUCAACACCCGCAAGAGCCCGCUCACACGCAAAGAGAGCGCACCGCCCGCCGUCAGACACAGAGUACCUGAUACACUGGACUCAUCGCCCAGCAGCAGCAGCACUCCGGUCUCGGGCUGUAGUUCACCUAAUGACAGUCUUCCCAAUGAAAACGGGCUGCUGCCAUCUGCAGGCGGCCUCUCGCAUGAAGCACAGAAGCUGCUGCUCAGAGAUGGUACGCUGGCAAACUUCACCAUCCAGAGUCCUUCCACUCUGCCCACUAUCACUCUGGGACUACCGGCCAAUGCUAGGGUUGAAGGAGAACUUUCCCCUAUGAAGGUUGGACGAGUGUCUGUAGUGGCAGCCGGGACCCCACAGAUGUUGGUGCCCCUGAGCAGAGAGGAUCAGGGCGGGCAGCUCAACCCUCACCUCCCUGUUAUCAUCCUGGAGCCCUCUGGACUGGUACAUGCGCCGCUCCUUUCUGUGCCAGGCCUCGAAUCCGUCCCGCUGCAGUUCACCCCCCACUUGGACCAACUGUCCCCAGGGGGCGCUCAGGCCCACAAACCCCUGAGCCGAACACGCUCGGAGCCCCUGCCGCAGAGCAAGAGGGCCCUCCACACGCACCUCCUCCAGCAGCACCACAGCACGCAACUGCUGGAGAGAUUAAAACAGCAGACUCACCUUGGCAAGCUUAUGACCAAAACCAGCGAGAAGCCCAGACUGCAUCAGAUUCCCUCAGAGGACAUGGAUUCAGAGGACGGCGGAGCAACGUCGCCAUCAGAGUCAACCUAUCAGAUCAGACUGAGGGCUGAUUGUCUGAGGGAGGCGGAGCCAACAGUAGCAGCAGGAGCCAAUAGUCAAGAGCAGAUAAACCUACAACAUGCACUCAUACUCAACCAGUCUUUGCUGUGGGAGCAGCAGAAGCAGCUGCAGCAAAUGCAUCGACAAAUGGAGACUCUGGCGGUACCGAUUAUACGCAGCAACGCGAGUGGUGCAGUCGGCGGCACUCUGGGCGUCCACCGCCCGCUGUCGCGUACACAGUCCUCACCCGCCUCUACGUCUCUCACGCUGCCCGAAAAAAGUCUGAACGUGACCGGCCAGGAGGUGACGAGCAGCAAAGCACGCUUCACCACUGGCCUGGUGUACGAUUCCCAGAUGCUGAAGCACCAGUGUACAUGUGGAGACAACAGCAGUCACCCAGAGCAUGCUGGGAGAAUACAAAGCAUCUGGUCCCGACUACAGGAGAGAGGCCUGAGGGGUCAGUGCGAGAACAUUCGUGGUCGUAAGGCCACUCUGGAAGAACUCCAGUCCGUCCAUUCGGAGCGUCACGUUUUGCUCUACGGCACCAACCCACUCAACCGUCUUAAACUGGAUAACCGCAAACUGGCAGGAAUCCUCUCCCAAAGGAUGUUUGUCAUGCUACCAUGCGGGGGUGUCGGGGUCGACAACGACACCAUCUGGAACGAGUCGCACACGUCCACGGCGUCACGCAUGGCCGCCGGCAGUGUUGUCGAGCUGGCUGUCAGAGUAGCGAAGGGGGAGCUCAAGAAUGGCUUUGCUGUGGUCAGACCGCCAGGGCACCAUGCUGACCCGUCCAACCCAAUGGGUUUCUGUUACUUUAACUCUGUAGCUAUCGCUGCCAAACAGCUCCAACAGAAGCUCAGCGUCAGCAAAAUCCUCAUUGUCGACUGGGAUGUUCAUCACGGUAACGGCACGCAGGAGGUUUUCUACAACGAUCCCAGCGUCCUCUACCUGUCGCUUCAUCGCUACGAUCACGGCAACUUUUUCCCCGGCAGUGGCUCACCAGUUGAGGUCGGGUCUGGCGCUGGGGAGGGCUUCAACGUGAACGUGGCCUGGACAGGAGGACUGGAUCCUCCCAUGGGGGAUGCAGAGUACCUUGCUGCAUUCAGGACCGUGGUGAUGCCCAUCGCCCAGGAGUUUUCCCCAGAUGUCGUUCUGGUAUCAGCAGGGUUUGACGCUGCCGAGGGCAACCCCGCACCUCUUGGAGGAUACAAGGUGUCCGCCAAAUGUUUUAGCUUUCUGACCCGCCAGCUGAUGUCCCUGGCGGGGGGCCGUCUGGUUUUGUCGCUGGAAGGCGGUCACGACCUCACUGCGAUCUGCGACGCAUCCGAGGCCUGCGUCAGUGCACUACUCGGUGCACAGGAUUCACUGUCAGAAGAGGUCUUGCUCCAGAAACCAAAUUCUAACGCCAUUCGAUCUCUGCAGACUGUCAUACAAAUACAAAGUCAAUACUGGCAGAGCGUGAAGGCUUACAGCACUUCCGUGGGUCUGUCCUACCUGGCCGCACAGAGACGAGACUGUGAGGAAACGGAUGCUGUUAAUGCUCUGGCCUCACUUUCUGUGGGAGCGCUUUCCAACAAGAGCCUUCCAGAUGAGCCAAUGGAGCAUGACAAUGACUCCAUGUGACCACCGAUCACAUCACUCAGCUCACCUCCAGGACAGGAACCCCCCUCCCCCUCGUGUAGCACUGGACCUCCAGCACUGCUCACAAAGCAUCCACCCCACCUGCCUUUAGUCUUUGCAUUUGAUGAUAUAAUACAAGCACCUCAAUGCUGGGAACCAUUCAGCGGUAACCUUAUGAAACCUCACCAAAGAACAACAGUUUUUUUUUUAUUUUUAAAUAUGGACUUUUUGACUGACAAUGAAUUGUAUCUUUUGUACAGUACGACGAUGUUUGAAGCACUAUGUUGCAGAUGCUGUCUCUCUCUUUGCCUCAACUUUGCCUUAGCGUUGGGACCAAGGAUUUUUGGAUUCCUUCCCUCGUGCCACCUUGCCUCUAAAAAAAAACGUAUUUUUUGAAACAACUCUUGACAGGUGAAAACACGCAGACACACACAUAAGAAAAUAAUCAAUGGCAAAACAGUGUAUUUAAUGUAUGUUAACCACUAUGAGACAAUGAUAACUGUGGAUACAAAUGUAUUGCUUGAUUGCACUUUUCAUUCCUUAAUGUGAAGUGUAAGAGAUUCCAAAGGUCCUCAUUGCAAUCUUAGAUGGACUUCACUUUUUACACUUUUGGACCAAGAUACUGUAGAAUUGAACAUCCCAUAAAGAAAAGCAGCAUUUUAUAAUAUACCACUCAUAUUUUUGCUAUAAAUAGUUCAUUCCGUAGCGCCACCACUGUGACUAUUCGAUACAUAGCAAUCAAGUUGAACAAUGCACUUGGACGCAUGACAUCACCCAGCAAAGUGCUUUAAUAUGAUGGAUAUAGGCUAGGGAUUUAAACCUGUGGAUUGGUAUUUGUGUCGUGUUGUUUAGACUGAAUUGAGUCUUGCAAACUAUGCUUCAUAUUUCACCGUGCGCUGUUCACGUAUCAUCAUCAUCAUCAUCAUCAUCAUCAUCAUCAUCAUGUACAUCAGAAAAAACCUGUUACAUUCCUUGCAUCAGGGAGACUUAAUACUGCACUCGCAACAAUUUUUAGUAGGAUUUUGCACAAGAAUGUGUUCACUGCACUCAAUUAGUAUCAGUCCGGUGUACUUUUGUUAUUAAAAAUAUAUAAAAAUAGCCUUUUUGUUGCAAAAUACAGUGGAUAUCGAAAGUGAACUGCCCUGUUAAAAUAGUUUUCAUGCUAAAUCAAUUACUAUCCAAGUACUUCUGCUGUGGUGUCAUAGGUAUUUAUUACUAAUCAUUACUAAUAAGGUGCUAUUGAAA